UUGGGAGAAGCUGAAAGCGUCCUUGGACACAUUUACCUUCAUGAUUCUGGGAUGUACGGGGAAGCUCGUGCGUGUUAGUGUGUGUGUGUGUGUGUGUGUGCGUAAGUGUGUGUGCUUAAAGAGAGAGAGAGAAAGAGAGAGAUGAUCACAGCAGACUGGUCGCUGGUCACCGCUGCUCCAUGCCUCUUAAACUUUUAUUCCCUGUUUUAAUUUCCGGUUAAUUCCUCUGGAAUCACUCCGAUGUGGAUUUGUAUCAACCCCGGACGCGGAGUUGGAACUUUUUGGUGACUUUUUUUUGCGUCACUUUUGUGGAUUUAGCGUCAAACGUACCGUGUGGAGCAGGUGGUGGAGACAGUAGAGACCCAAACCAGCACAGAGGGGAACUCUGCAGGAAACAUCCAGGGACAUUCAGGAUCCAGGGAUCUCUACCAUGGCUGCCAAUGUCACCCCUCAAGGCUGCGGCCCUAACCUGGACUCCCUUUACUACAACCUGUGUGACACUAGUGCCGUGUGGGGCAUUGUGUUGGAGGCCUUCGCGGCAGCUGGCAUCGUCUUCUCCCUCGUGCUUUUCAUGUCACUCCUGGCCAGCAUCCCCUUCACGCAAGACAAGAACCGCAAGACUUCAAUCUCUCUGCAUGCCUUCUUCCUGGUCUGCACUGCCGGUCUCUUCUGCCUCACCUUCGCCUUCAUCGUAGGGAAGGACUUCGCCACAUGCGCGUCCCGGAGGUUCCUCUUUGGGGUUCUGUUUGGCGGCUGCUUUGCCUGCCUCUUGAUGCAGUCUGUGAGGCUGAACAUCCUCGCCAGGCAGGACGACGGGCCUCGAGCGUGGGCGUUAUGUCUGGGGGCGCUGGGGUUGUGGCUGGUGGAGGUGGUCAUCAACACUGAAUGGCUGAUCAUCACAGUGGUGCGGCACCCACUCAGGCCGAUCAACACCACUGCAGAGAGCAGAGCAACAGCUACGCCAUGCAACAUCGCCAACCAAGACUUUGUCAUGGCGCUGAUCUACGUCAUGACGCUCCUCCUGGCUGUGGUGGUGGCGAGUCUAGCUGUCAUGGGGGGCAAACACAAGCAGUGGAAGAAGGACGCUACCUGUAUCUUCGUCGCAAGCUUCUUCUCUGUUUGUAUUUGGGUGGCAUGGAUCGUUAUGUACGUCUACGGGAAUGAGAGAACCGGAGGACCGACGUGGGACGACCCAACAUUGGCCAUCGCUUUGGUGGCGAAUGCUUGGGUGUUCCUCAUCGUCUACACCAUUCCUGAAAUCUGCUGUUUGACCAGUAAUGAUGAAAGCCAGCCAGGCUUUGGGGAAGACCUGUACCCGAGCAGAGGGGUGGGCUACGAGACGAUCCUGAAGGAACAGAGCUCCCAGAACAUGUUCAUGGAGAAUAAGGCGUUCUCUAUGGAUGAGCCCAACCAAGGGUCCAAGCCUGUGUCUCCAUACAGCGGGUACACGGGUCAGCUGAGGAGCUCGGUGUACCAGCCCACUGAGCUGGCUCUCAUCACUAAAGCAGUGGGAAACCAGCCCCAGGACUCGUCCUUUGACAUGGUCAUUCCUAGAGCAUCCACCAACUCAGCCGCCAACAGUGGGAGCAGCACCCCGUCCACACGCACAGAGACCGGGAACGCCGCGUACACUCAGACUAAUGGAAAUAGCGGGAAUGGUCUUCAUAGGACGUCCCAGUGGUGAACACCCUGUCUCUCCUACACCUUGUCACAAUAACCUCAGUUCCCGUGUCUUCAUUUGCACUUGCUGACUGUAUGUUUGCUGUUAUGGAUGGUUUCCUAAGCUGGUUCUAAGAAGAACCCUCAGCCCCGACGUGGGGGGGGGGGUGAAAGCCGGAUCAUCACAGCUGAUAGAAAACAACUCUUUAGACUGAUUAACUGUCCCGCUGGGUAUCAGACAGCGUAGAGCUUCAUUUGAAAGUCAAAGCGAGGGGAUGAAGCCUCGGCUUUGCUGCACAAUAAAGACUUUUUGCAACCGUCACCAUCCACUGAGAGCAAACUUUAAGCUCUCUGCUGGACCGGAUCAUGCAGAUGAAGGGGGGCAGAGCAGACCAUGCUCUGAAGAGAAAAGGAGGAUGAGACAUUUGUCCUGUAUACUCAUGUGUAAACAUAGGUUUGAAAUGACUACCUUUCCCCUGAACACACCAUAAGCAAACAUAAUUACAGUCAUUGCAGCCUCACACUAUCCCUAUCACAGAUUAGUGAGAUAACACAUGCUGGAAAAUACCCCUGAAAUAUGUCCACAGUCAAGUUUAACGAGACAAGUCAAUGUAUAUUUUGUGCCUGCAUUGUUAUGAACCACAAAGAUCACAUAAGAAAUGAAGAUUUUCGUGCUAAAUCAAUGUAAAUAUGCUGCUGAUGUUUAAAUGUUUGUACACUGCAUGGAAGCAUUGUAUCAUUCUGUGUGUAUAUACUCUGGUAAGAAUGUUCUAGCACUACUGUGUGCUCUUUAAUGAUUGUAUCGGACUUCUAAUCAAUCAAUCAAUGAGAAGAAUAGAGAAUUAGCUCAUUUGA